AGUUACGGAUCAAACCACUGUUGAAGUCACGAACCAAGUCAAGGUUAAAAAUCCGUUAAUAUUUGAAAGAGAGGCUUAUUCAAAACAUAUUACUCCGUGUAUUUUAAUAUUACGAAAAGGCGUUCCGUGA